AUGGCCGGCGGUGCAGUUCUUUCUCUCAAUUCCACGGAUAUCUUCUUCACGACGCAGGGCAAUGCGACUGGUAUCCCCUUUUUGUUGAUCCAUGGCUGGGCUGCCGACCAGACCGAUUGGGCCUUUCAAACCAUGUUUCUUGUGCUUCUGUGGCUCUUCAAUGUUGUUACCAUGGACCUCCGAGGCCACGGCCGCAGCACCUUGUCUCAAUCAUGUAGUCUGGUCAUGAACCCAGUCACUAUGGCCGACGACGCUGCCGCUCUCCUGAAACACCUAGGUGUAAGCGCCUCCAACAAAGCCAUCGUCGUGGGUCACAGCCUAGGCGGCACUGUUGUUACUGAGCUAGUUCAUGGCUACCCAGACCUCAUUCUUGGGCAGGUGAUAGUUGACCCGUCAUAUUACCUGACUCCUGAGGUAACCGAGGGGCUUAUACCUGCCCUCGAAGAGGACUUCGACAGCGCUGUGAUCGCGUUCUGGGAGAACGAGGUUAUAUAUCCUGCAGACACGCCGGAUUAUAUCAAAGAAUGGCACAAGCUGCGUACAUGGGGCAUUGAUGAGAUGGCGAUGAAUGCUGCGUGGGUUCAGAUGAGUGAUGCGCAAGGGCUGAGUGGUAUGGAUUAUCUGAGACCAAAGAAAAUCGCAGGUAUUCCGAGGCUGGUUUUGAGCAAUACGGAAGCGGGCAAGGAGGUUGAAGAUGCGGCUGGUAUUGAUGAUGAAUUUGACACGGUUGAAGUCAUAAGCGUUGGACAUUGGAUCAUGAAAGUUGCCCCGGAAAGAUUUAACCAGGCCCUUGAAAAGUGGAUCUGGACUUGGAUAUAA